UCAACGUGAAAAGGUCUGCCUGUUGUUAGAAGGUGGAUGAAGUCGGUUCAUAUACUUGUACUUGGUUUGAUUCCUGAAGAUUAUUUUUUAUUUUCCAAGUUUGAAGAUAACAUCAUCGAAGGCAUCAAGCUGAUUGUGUAGCUUGUCUUACUCUGGCAAUGGUUGGUGUGGUUUCCACACGAGAGAAGCCCCGGUUUGAUUCUGCUACCCGAUAUUUUUCUAGUAAACUUUUAGACGCUAAAAAUGCUCACAAAUGGAGAACCAAUUACAUACCGAACAAUGACAAUGCUUUUUGGAUUUUGUGAAUUGUAUAGUGUUAUAGCUGGCUUCGACUUUAGCACCUCAACCACAAGAAUUUGAUUGUUAUUUUGAUUUUGCAGACUUUUCUAACCGUUAAAAUAUGAAAGAGAAACCCCAUUACCAGAAAUCGAAUAAAGAAACGCAUGUCUCAGUGAAUGCAGGGUUUUUGAUUAAGAAAAUGAGAACGACAACAAAAGUACAAAUUGUGACAUUUUCGGAACAAUUGCAGAUGAAACUGACAUGGUGUGUUCUCCUCGUUUCGAUUGGUCUUGGAUCCUCUGAAGAAGAUGUCGAACCUCGUGAAGAUGAAUUAAUCCCUUUUCCCGAGGCCCUGAAGUUGAUCUAUCCAGAAUUUACCUUAGAGCUUGACGACAUUCCUUUGCAAUUGGAAGAUGUGGAGGAUCUACCCAUUACUGGUGAGGAUCUCGAGGCCAAAAGAAGGAACUCUUACCUUAGAAAGAUUCUUCGUCGGAAACGACAGAAGCCCGACUUUUUGCGCGAGUUGGACGAUCGCUCUAAAUUCAUCAAGACCCAACUCCCAGUCACUGAGCUACGACGAAUGCAGAAAGAAAAGCCCAAUGUUAGACUAAUCAGAAUCAUUCGAAACAAGAAGCUUGACGAUGACCAACUUGCAACGACUUCCAAGGUAGAGGAGUUUUUUGCUCCAGAUUUCGACUCUAAACGGUCGACGAGUACAAUGAUUCCGCCCAAAGAGGUUCCACCACCCAAUCUAGAAAUUCAUGUUCCUUCUCAAAGGUUACAACCGCCACAAUAUGAAUUUUCUCCGGCAACAACGACAACAACAACAACAAUUGCUAAUACCGCUGGUACCACUACCACUACCCAGAAAACAUCCUUUACAACAUCACCAUCAACAGCAAGAACAACAACAACGCCCCAAAAAAGUGAAUUGGACUUUAUUUUACAAGAAAAAGUAGGAGGGUUCCCGAUAUCGAUCAGAUCCCCUCGCAUGAACCAUGUCAUGGACAUUCAGAAACGCUUCAACGACAUGUCUCUGGUCAAGACAAUCCAUUCAAAAAUGCCGGAAUUGACCGCACAAUUACGCGGUUUCAUUCGGGACGAAGUACAGGCCCAAAUUUGUCAGGUGCUUUUUAAUUCGUCCCCGGAGACUUGUGGCCAAGGCUACGUGCGAGCUGGAUCAGCCCGGGCGUAUCCAUUCUAUCCUGGAUAUCCGGUAUUCUAUCCAUCUCCUUAUCCUUACAGAGAGUACACUAAUCACGGUGGAUAUCAGCCUGGUACUCCACAGUUAGGAAUCCUGGAUUCAGAUGAGCAAAAGUUUUCCAUGCUUUUUCAUUAA